ACACACAGAUAGCAGAGGAAAUGGAGCUAACCUCUAUGGUCUCCAACAUGCCAGCUAAUGCCAGCAUUUGCGAGUCUCUCAAAAACAUAGAUGAGCUUAGACCGAACAGUCGUAGUGUUUAUACGUGCUAAGUUCCUGUUUGAUCGCUUGUGUGUUAGUGUUCCGAAAAGCUUUUGCUGACCAACAUGGACAGCGCGUACCUGAAGGAAGAGCAAAUGUUUGCCGACGUAGAAGAUGAAAGACACCUAUGGAAAAAUGUUGAAAAGAUGCAUAUCCAAGAGACAGACUGGUUCGACAGUGAUGAUGAUUUUCUAGACUACGAGGACGAAUACAGCAAGCCCGGCUCGCACAACAACCAGCAGCAAAAAUCCAGCAAAAUGAGCAACUACCAGCCCACGGAGAAUCUGUUGAAAAAGCAUGCGAGCAAAAUCAACGUGGACAAAUACGAGGGGCCCGAACUGCCCAGUCACACAGUGAGCCACCUAAUAACGGGUCAGAAAAAGGUGGAGGACUCACGGAGUAGACUCAAGGACAAAAGCGAUAGGGCUACAGUGGAACAAGUCAUGGACUUCCGGACGCGCACCAUUCUCUACAAACUAAUCAACAACGAUUUUAUCACAGAAGUAAACGGAUGCAUCUCAACCGGCAAGGAGGCCAAUGUGUAUCACGCGUCGUCAGAUAAAGGCCGGGACUUUGCAAUCAAAAUCUACAAGACGGCAAUAUUGGUGUUUAAAGAUCGGGACAAGUACGUAACUGGGGAGUUUCGGUUCAGACGCGGCUACUCCCAGCACAACAACUUCAAAAAGGUCCGCACGUGGGCUGAGAAGGAAAUGCGCAACCUGUCUCGAAUGCACUCAAACGGGCUCAAUGUGCCUGAACCGGUCUUGCUGCGCUCGCACGUGCUCUUCAUGUCGUUUAUCGGCGAAAACGGCUGGCCGGCACCCAAGUUGAAAGACGCUGAUCUCUCAGACUCGAAAAUCAGAGAAAUCUAUCGAGAAGUCGUCAUUAUCAUGUGGAAAAUGUACAACAAAUGCAAGCUGGUUCAUGCAGAUCUCUCGGAGUACAACAUGCUCUACUACAAUGGGAUGGUAUACAUCAUCGAUGUGUCCCAAAGCGUCGAGCACGAUCAUCCUCUGGCAUUAAACUUUCUGCGGUUGGAUUGCACCAACAUUACGACCUAUUUUCGAAAGAAAGGCGUCGCCACACUGAUUGUCAGGGAGCUGUUUGACUUCAUCACCGAUCCCUCCAUCAACGAGACGAACAUGCAGGAGUGCCUCAACAAGCUCUCUGAACAAGCAAGCACUCGUCCAGAACUCUCCUCAGCUGAACAGGUGAACGAGGAAGUGUUCAAGAAUGCGUACAUUCCCAAGAGACUCGACGAAGUAGUCGACUUUGAAAGGGACAUCAACCAGGCCAAGGCAGGGCUAGGGGAGGAGUUGGUCUACAAGACGUUGAUAGGACUGAAGGCGGAUUUGAGCGGCACUAUCCAACAGCCGGAAAUACUGGACACAAAAAGCGAACACUCAAGCAAUACGGCUUCUGAAUCAGACUCCGAGGAGAUGGGGAGCAAAUUUGUCCACUCAGGGCGGUCGAAGCACGAAACUCCCGAGGAGAAAAAGGCGCGCAAGCAGGCGGUUAAGACGGAGAAGAGCGAGAAGCGAAAAGUUAAAAUAAAAAAACAUGUCAAGAAACGAUCGGAGGCGAAGCGCAAGCGCUAGUUUCCAACAUAUAUAUGUUAAACGCUAAGUAACACGUAAAUUAAGAUAGGAA